AUGGAACACAGAAGCAUCUUCCACCUGUUGGUGUCUUUUACUGUCUUCAGUGUUCUCUGCUUCCGGACACAAGCAUUACCUCCUUAUUCAAACAACAGACUUGGAAACAGAUUGCCUUUUGAUGGAGCAAGUGAAACUGAUGAGACUCAGGGGUCAUUAAAACCAGACACAGACAUUUUGCAAAACACACUGCCUGAGAAUGAAAAAUUCUUCCUGGAUAUUUCUCGAGCUGUUGGCAGGACUUCAAGGCAUGCUGAUGGACUUUUCACCAGUGGAUACAGCAAACUUUUAGGUCAACUUUCUGCAAGACGAUACCUAGAAUCUCUAAUUGGCAAAAGAGUAAGCAACAAUGUUAUGGAAGACCAGGCUCCAGUAAAACGUCACUCUGAUGCCGUCUUCACAGACAACUAUAGCCGUUUCAGGAAACAGAUGGCAGUAAAGAAAUACUUGAAUUCUGUCCUUACUGGAAAAAGAAGCGCAGAAGACAUUAAUCCUGGAAGCCUUCGGGAAGAGGCUGAUCUAAGUCAACCACCUUUUUCAGAAAACUAUGAUGAUGUCACAAUUGAUGAGCUGCUGAACCACCUCCCAUUGAGAAAUUGGAAUGGGUUCUAA